UUUAGUUUUACGACACCGAAGUGACGUAAAUAACGUAAUUGGAGUGUGUCGGGGGAAAAAUGGUUCGCUUUUCGUUGAAAUAUUUAAUGGGAAUUAGUGUAUCUAAUUUUUGAAUUUUGUCAUACGUUUGCAAUAUAAUUAGAAAUCAGAAUAUAGUGUUCCGUAUAUCAUUGGCAGAGAUGGCAACCAAAGGCGACAUGACCAAAGCUCAGUAGCUAGCCGUGUUGCUAGCUGAUUUCCCAGAUUUUGCACAGAACAUCCUAUUCAGUGUUAUUUUUUAGUCUGGUGCGUUUAUUCUGAAAGAUCAGGUCCGGUAAAAUGUCGGCGCAAAAAGACUGUGAGUUUCUGGUGAAGAGAGCCCGAGAGCUGGUUUCGGAUGAUCCUUGUGCGGCAAAAGCCUGGCUCAUAACAGCAAGAACUCUUUACCCUGCAGACUUCAACAUACAGUAUGAAAUGUUCAUCAUUGAACGCAAUGCAGAGAGGACAGCUUCUGCAGGAAGGCUGCUGUAUGACAUGUUCAUAAACUUUCCAGAUCAGCCCAUUGUUUGGAGGGAGAUAAGUGUCAUCACUGCUGCCCUGCGUAGUGACUCUCAGGACAAACAUGCACAGUUCUUACGAGGGCUUUUUGAGACACUUCCUGGCCGUGUGCAGUGUGAAAUGCUACUGAAAGCCACAGAGCAGUGUUUCAACACACUGGAGAAGGCAGAGAUGCUGCUUCUCCUUCUUAAGCGCUUUCCAGAAUCAGUGGUCCAACAUGGGGUAAAUCUAGGAGAAACCUUGUUGGAGGCUGAGGCAUCAGAGAAUGUGGAGACUCCUGUUAACUGCUUUAGAAAACUCUUUGUGUGUGAUGUCCUUCCCUUGAUCAUUAACAACAUGGAUAUGCGCCUGCCAGCCAGCCUAAUGCAGAAGUAUAUGCUGAAAGCAGCUGAAUUCUACAUUGGCUAUGUUACCCGUGGUCCCUCACCUGAUGUUCAGAUACAAGGGUCCCAAGAGGGAGGUUCCCUGAAGUCACCCACCAUGUCCCGUGGUUCCCAGCGAUAUGUGAUUGACGGCUUGUCAGAGAAGUCAUCAGUGGUAACAGAACCAUGGGAGAGACUGUUGGAUAUCCUCUCUGUGGUUGGAGCCCGCUGUGAGUGGCAGGGAGACAAGGGACAGAGGAGUUACAUAGACAUGCUUCAGAGAGUAAAGGAGCUCUGUCGCUACCUUCCUGGUCUAGAAGGAGACACAAGAUCCCGCUGCUGCAGCCAAGUAGUCAUCUGUGCUGCGCUCGUUCUCUUCCGUAGCGCCUUCCUCUAUGUCUCAACUGUACAGCCAUCACUGUUCCAGGGUGUGAAUGUGCUGAGUUCGGGGCCAUGGAUUCUUGUUGAGGAUUUGAGUUCAGUGUAUAAUGAAAUGGAGGUGGAAAGAGGAGCUGCUAAACAUGCUCAUAAGAAACGCAAGCUGGCUGAUGGAAGAGAAAAGACAAUGAGCUCAGAUGAUGAGGAAGGUUUGGGAAAAGGUCGAGGUCGACACAUUUUAGUGAACAAAACUGAGAUGCCGAACUGGUCUGAGACUUUGGACAGCUUUCGCACGGCGAGGGAAAGCUGGGACCUUCUUCACUCUCACGAUGGUUUAGAAACAGAGUUCAAGAAGAUCUGUGCCUCUUGGAAGACGGACAGCUGGCUGUGGUUCAGAAUAUUCCUCACAGACAUGAUCAUAUAUCAGGGACAGUACCGUAAAGCCCUCUCCAGUCUGCACCAGAUGGCUGCAGUGCAGCAGCCUCAGCCUGGGCAACAGAGCCCCUCAGGUCAGGCCAGCCUGGAGCACCACAGGGCCCUCAUCCAGCAGGCCUCCUGCCACUACGCUCUGGGAGAGCACAGGAUGGCCUGUGAGAAACUGCUGGAUGUGGUCAGUGGGCUGGUGCCUCCAAACCAAGAACCAACAAAGUGCCAAGAUGAUCAAGGAAGAGUCAAGACCAAAACAAGGAAAGGUAAUGACCUGAGACUUCUGCCUUGCACCAGCAAAGCUGUGCUACCUUUCUGUCUCCAGCUGAUGCUGGCCUGCUUUAAGCUCCGUGCCUUCACAGACAACCGUGAUGACCUGUCCCUUGGUCAUGUGGUUGUGCUCCUUCAGCAUGACUGGCCUCAGGGCGAGCUGCUGUUUUUGAAAGCAGUUGAUAAGAUCUGUCAGCAAGGCAGCUUCCAGUACGAAAAUUUCUUCAACUAUGUCACCAACAUUGACAUGCUGGAGGAGUUUGCAUACCUGCGUACCCCAGAAGGGGGAAGGAUUCAGCUGGAGCUGCUGCCCAAUCAGGGGAUGCUCAUCAAACACCACACAGUGACUCGAGGAAUCACAAAAGGAGUGAAGGAAGAUUUCCGUCUGGCCAUGGAGAGGCAGGUGUCGAGGUGUGGAGAGAACCUGUUCAGCGUGCUUCAUCGUUUUUGCAUCAAUGAGAAAAUUAUCAUCAUCCAGUCUCUGCCCUGACAAUUUGUGACUUUGAAACCAUCAAACCCAGGCACAGCUAAACUGACUUAAAUGCCAACAGCUGCUUUUUUUAAACACCAUCCAUUUCUAGAUCUUUUGUCUUCAUCUUCAUCAUCCAACACUUGACUUGUAUGAGCCUUAAAAACAGAUUUUUCUUUCGGUAGAAUUCAAACAAAAACUUAUGUAGUUUUACUUUAUGUGUAGUUCUCUCUUUACAAAGCACACAGCCACUUUUGGCAUGGUAAAAUCAUUUUUUGGCAUUUUGUGGGACUACUGACAAAAGAAUCAACUUCAUUUUGAUAAUAUUUGGUAGAGUUUAAUGUUUUUGGUAAAAGCUUAUGAAAUUGUUGGUUUAUUCAAUUAAAUGUCCUCUAAAUGAUGUACAAAACUUGAGAUUUCUUGAUUACAAACAAACUACAAUAAUGAGUUUCUUUUGAAAUCAUAGUUAAAGAUUACACAUAGUUCAAAAUCAAAUACUUAUUGUAAGAGAU